AUGAUUAAAGAGCUCAAAUAUUAUUUUUACACUACGGGGUGUGCGAUAAACUUACCUCCACGUGGUGCACCCUGGGCAACGUAUAUUCAUAAGGCAAAAAAGUCUAUUAACUGGCAGUUGACUUCUCACUUCAAACUACCAUCACCCCACUCUAUGUCAUAUUCCACUGCUUCCACAGUAAUCACCUCACCUUUUUUCUACCUUUGUGACUGUUUCUUUUACAUCUUUGAAACACUCUUCUGUUCCCCCCUCCCCCCUCUCGACUUUUUUCACUUUGAUAUGUACGCCUCAAUCUGUUCUGCUGAUUUGCCUAGUCUCUUCUGUCACCUUGAUCUAUUUACUCUCCUCUUCUCGGCUAUUUGUCACGAUCUGGAUCACCCGGGCCUCACAAAUGUCUAUCAGUCUCGUCUGUCGAUUCUCUACAACACCCUCUCACCAUUGGAGAACCACCACUGUGCAGUGGCCUUUGAGCUAGUUCGCACUCCAGCCACAAACAUCUUCAUUAACUUCACAAAUAAGGAGUUUGAGAUUGUCCGACAGAACACUGUGCGAUGUAUUCUGGGCACCGACAUGUCCAAGCACACGGAUAUUCUCGAGGCAUUCACUUUAACUCCUGUUGAUGAACUCUCCAGUCAGGUAAACCUUGAGCAAAAAACCAACCUACCUCUGUCGCCGCUGAUGGAUAUGUCAAAUUUGGUCCAGUGUCAAAUAAACUUUCUCUCUUUCGCCAUGCUACCUCUUGCCAAGGCGCUUAUUUCAGUCAUUCCCGCACUUGAGGUAAGGCACUCGUCCUUAAUACCUCGCCUAAAUCCUCUUUGUAGCGGGAACAUGUGUCACAAUCUGUCGUAA